GGCAGAGCCUGCUCGCCCAUGCCGAAGAUUGAGAGCUAGGCCGCGGAACAAGCACUGCUGCAGAACCACCCGCUAAGACCAUCUUAAAUAUUGCACUUGCCCGCUAGCCGAGAUGGCCGUCUGCAAGUUGCAUUGUGCCUCAUACAAGGCCGCGAUCUCACUUUUCAUCAGCUACUGAAGUGCAAUAGGCAUGAAGGUGAUCGGUCCUGGCUGCUCCCUGUGGUGAGAUAUCUGUUCCGUCCCAGAGCUGAGAAGCUCAGACUGCUGGAAGAGCGAAAGGGAGCAAACGUGAACAAGCGAAAAUAAGGAGACGUGGAUGGAGAGGAAAACUCACAAUCUUCUGGAGUGAUAUAAUUAUCAGAAACCUUUGUGCAAUUGUCCUCGCGUUUAUCACUGAAACACGAUUUUCAUGUCCCGGAGAGUCUGAGCAGAGGAGACUGCUGUUAUUGGCAGUCCUUGUUUUUGUUUUUUUUUUGUUUUUUCCGGGGGGCCGUCUAAACAGGAAACGCCUACAUUUUGUGAAAAGCCAAACCAAAAUCUGCCCUGCCCAACCUUGGGUACUGUGGGAGUAUAAGUUGGUAAUAGAUCUGAAGCUUCUUCUGCUCCCCCUGCCUCUUGCCAGGGAUCUUCACCUGGCUGGAAGUGGGUGGUGGGUGGACCAGAUUUUCACCAGGUGGAGGGUUGGCUCAGGGGGGUUGUGCUAUGAUCAGCUGCUCCUUUUCGUGCUGCUUAUACUCAGCUUCUGAGGGACUCUCUGUGCGACCCCAGGACAAGGGAUAGUAAGCUGGUAGAGGGCAAAAGGGAGGAGGAGGCGGCGGCGCUACGGCGCAGGCCAAGUGUUUCCUUGGCUUACAGUCUCUACUUUUUUGUGUGUGUGGUCCUUGCGGUAAGGCCCCAGUGCUUCUGCACCCACCCAGACAGCAGCCAUGGUGAAACUGGCAAACCCAUUGUACACCCAAUGGAUUCUAGAGGCCAUCAAGAAGGUAAAGAAGCAGAAGCAGCGACCAUCAGAGGAGCGCAUUUGCAAUGCGGUCUCUAUGUCCCAUGGCCUGGACCGCAAAACAGUUCUGGAGCAGUUAGAGCUUAGUGUCAAGGAUGGUACCAUACUCAAGGUUACCAACAAAGGUCUCAACUCCUACAAGGACCCAGAUAACCCUGGGCGCUUGGCCCUGCCCAAGCCCAAAGGUGUUGGCAGCUCCAGUGGCAGCGGAGGCGGUGGCGGCAGCUCCGGUGGCGGAGGUGGAGGAGCAGGUGGUGGCAGCAGCAGUGGAGGGAGCAGCUCUCACUCGCAUUCGGGGAAGAAACCGGGUCUCGACUGGAACAAAUUAAUUAAGCGGGCACUGGAGGGGCUCCACGAGCCGGGUGGCUCCAGCUUAAAGAACAUCGAACGCUUCCUCAAGUGUCAGGCUGAUGUGGCGGCGUACCUGUCGGGUAGCGGCUCCAUGGGGCCGGGCCUCUUCCACCAGCAGCUGAGGGUAGCCCUCAAAAGAGCCGUGGCCCACGGACGCGUGGCCAAACAGGGUCCACUGUUCCAGCUCCUCAGCCGUAGCAGCAACCAGGAUGAUGGGACUGGCACGGUGUCUCUGGAAUCGCUGCCUCCGGUCCGGUUGCUGCCACACGAGAAAGACAAGCCGGUGGCGGAGCCCAUCCCCAUCUGCAGCUUCUGUUUGGGGACCAAGGAGCAGAAUCGCGAUAAGAAGCCAGAGGAGCUCAUCUCCUGCGCCGACUGUGGCAACAGCGGCCACCCGUCCUGUCUCAAAUUCUCCCCGGAGCUCACAGCGCGAGUCAAGGCUCUGUGGUGGCAGUGCAUCGAAUGCAAGACUUGCAGCAGCUGUCAGGAUCAAGGAAAGAAUGCGGACAACAUGUUGUUCUGCGACUCCUGUGACCGGGGCUUCCACAUGGAGUGCUGUGAUCCUCCUCUCACGCGGAUGCCAAAAGGCAUGUGGAUUUGUCAAAUCUGCCAACCAAGGAAAAAGGGAAAGAAGCUUUUACAUGAAAAGGCUGCACAAAUCAAACGGCGCUACAACGCACCGCUGGGACGGCCCAAGAACAGGCCGGGGCGGCCCUUUAAGAAGCUGGGAGGGCGCGGUCGGCGGAAGCGCUCGGCCUCAGCAAACUCUUCCUCCAGCUCCUCCUGCGAAGGUUACCCCGGAGACGACAGGCUGCUUUUUUCCAUGCGGGAGGAUGGCGACCUGUCACACAGCAGCCUGCGCUUCAACAACAAGACCAAGGGCCUCAUCGAUGCCCUCACAAAGUUCUUCACGCCAUCUCCCGAGGGCCGCAAGGCACGGCAGGAAGUGGUGGACUACUCACAGCAGUGCCGCAUCCGAAAGAAAGCCAGUCGCAAAGGCGAAGGAGAUGACAGAGACAAUCAGGAAGGCAGCGACUGGCGUGACGAAGAUGACAAACUGCCCGGCCACGAGAACCUGACGGAAAAAGACAUCGAGCUGUUCAGACAAAUCCAGGAGCUGGCGCUACAGAAAGUCGGCGUGACGGGUCCGCCGGACCCUCAAAUGCGCUGCCCGUCAGUCAUUGAAUUUGGCAAGUAUGAAAUCCAGACGUGGUAUUCGUCUCCAUACCCGCAGGAGUACAGCAGACUACCUAAACUCUACCUGUGUGAGUUCUGCCUGCGCUACAUGAAAAGUCGCAGCAUCCUCUACCAGCACAUGAAGAAGUGCAACUGGUUCCACCCUCCUGCCAAUGAGAUCUACAGGAAGGACGACAUUUCUGUAUUCGAGGUUGAUGGGAAUGUUAGCACAAUCUACUGUCAGAACCUGUGUCUGCUCGCUAAACUGUUCCUGGACCACAAGACCCUCUACUACGAUGUGGAGCCCUUCCUUUUCUACGUCCUCACCCAGAACGACAGUAAAGGCUGCCACCUUGUUGGCUACUUCUCCAAGGAGAAGCACUGUCAACAGAAAUACAACGUAUCAUGCAUCAUGAUUCUUCCACAGUACCAGCGCAAGGGCUAUGGGCGUUUUCUCAUCGACUUCAGCUACUUGCUGUCAAAGCGAGAGGGACAGCCAGGCUCUCCGGAGAAGCCUCUGUCGGACUUAGGUCGGCUGUCUUACAUGGCCUACUGGCGUAGCGUGGUGCUGGAGUGUCUCCACGAGCUCCGCGACCGGCAGAUCACCAUACGACAGCUCAGCAAACUGACGGGGAUCUGCCCCCAGGACAUCACCACCACCCUGCAUAGCCUCAACAUGCUGGAGCAGCGGGGAGACCGACUCAUCCUGAUGCGAAGGGAGAAGCUGGUGGCCAACCACAUGGCUCGUCUAAAGGCCCGGCCACGACAGCUGGACGUCGACCCCGAGUGUCUCCGCUGGACUCCUGUCAUAGUAACCAACACCGUGGUCUCUGAUGCUGAUGGAGAUGAUGACGACGAUGAUGAUGAGGAGGAGGAGGAUGAGGAACCAAAGAAAGAGACUCGCAAGGAGAUUAAGCCGAGUCACAAGGUCCCACAGAUGUCCUGGCAUGUGCGGCAAGGGAAGAAGGAUGAAGAAGAGGAGGAGGAAAGGAAGACCUUUCUAGGAUUUCCGAUUGGCCAAAGCUCUCCAAUUCCCCCUCCAGUCCGAUGCCCACCGCCUGUACCAGAACCACCACGACCCCCUCCGCCAACAAAUGGCGAACGCAGGCCACGAGGGCGCCCGCCCAAAAACUGGCCUUGGGGUAAGGUGAAGGACAGCGCGCGGGUGGGACGGCCACCCAAAAUCCAUCCAGUAGAGGAUGAAGAUGAUGAGGACGAGGACAGGUCAGAGGGGGUAAAAACCACAGGCACUGUCAACAGCCCACCCUCCCUUUUCUCCUUGGACAGACAAGCGGACACGACAGCCUUUCACACACUCGACAUGAGCAGGCACCCUUCCAUAACCCCCACGAGACGAGGCCGGCCACCGAGGAAAAAGAGAGGCCCGAAGCCCAGGCUGAUAGAAGGUCCCGGAGAGGGUCACCCACAGCUUCCUGUGAUUCCCAGGCUGAGCGAGUCUUCUCCAGUCAGGAAGAGCCGCUUCAGUGAAAGCAGCGAAGAAGAGGAGGAUGACGAUGAUGAAGAUGACGAAGAGAGGGGAUGCUCCCCCCCUAUGCUCACCAAGUCAGGGCUCAAAUGCAAGAAGCCCAUGAGGAAGCGCCGCUUUCGCCCGCGCAGCCACCCUCACAGCAGCGUGGUGACUGAGACCAUUUCGGAGACCACGGAGGUGUUGGAUGAGCCUUUUGUAGACUCUGACUCAGAGAGGCCUAUGCCCAGGCUGGAGGAGGAGACUCCACUGGGUCACCCGCUGCGCCGCUACCCCCAACCGCAGUCUGCUCUGAGGUUGUCUGACCCUGCGCCAAAGAGGGGCCGACUCUCCAACCUCACAGAUUCGGAGGAAGAUGAGCUAACAACUAUGCCGAAGUCUGUAGCUGCUUUGACAGCAACCCCAUCAGAGACCCUUGGGGCCAACCCUGACAUCCCAGUCAAAAAGAAGAAAGGCUGGCCCAAAGGAAAGAGCCGCAAACCACAGCACUGGAAGAAAAGAGGCAAGCCACCUGGCACAGGACCCAACCAGAGAGCAGCUGCAGACGGCCAGGCCCAAAGUGGGAAUCCUCAGCAACCCAAAAUCAAGAUGAAGCCUGGUCGCAAGCCCCGGAGCUGGUACUUGCAGCGGGCCCAGGAGGAGGCAGACAGGCAGGAGCAGGAAAGACAAAGGUUGCUAGAGCAGCAGCAGACGGACAAAGUUCCUCAGCUGCUGCAGACGGAUGACCGGAACAGCAAGCAAGUCUGCAGAACUAACACGGACAGAGACGUCAAACAAAAAGACUCUGACGAAGAAGAUGACUAUCUCCCUAAGCCCGUUGAACAAAAGAUGCCCAGAAAGCGGGGGAGACCGCCCAAGAACCGCCAGCCACCACAGCCUACCCCCAAACCACCUCCCACCUCUGACCCGGAAGAAGAGGAGGAAGAUGAUGAGGAGGACAUCGAGCGAGCCUGGGAAGAGGACAAACCUAGCCGGCCACCAUCCCGUCCACUGCUUUCCCCUUCUUCCUCUUCUUCCACCUCAGGGCCCCGGGCCCCGCAGUCCCGGCCUCAGGACACAGAUAUGGGUGACAGAGAGGAAGACGAUGAUGAUGAGGAAAGGGAGGAAGAGGAGUGUGGCAGCAUGGGCAGUGGUGGUGGUAGCGUGAACAGGCGAGCGGCGGUCACGCCGGGUUCAGGAAGCCGGCGAAGUGACGACCACGAUGCAGACGAUGAGGGUGACGGGCAUUUAGAAGACAAGAGCAGCAGCAGUAAAAAGAGAAAAAGUCCGGACUCUGAAGACGAAGACGACGAUGAAGACGAGGAGGAGGAGUCUGCCUCGCACGCAAACUCGCCUCCAGUCAAAGAAGAACCCCCAGGUGUAGAGCCUUUUUUAGGCAUGGAGAACAGCGUGGCCCAGGAGUAUGUCAGCAAACAGGAGGAGGAAGAGGAGGAGGAGGAGGCUGAGGAAAGGGUGCAGGAGACCAAGUGCCGGCCCCCCUCAGCAGACCCUCAGCAGGAGGAAAGGAGGCGCAGAGAGCAGGAGGAGUCUGCUGCGGCGGCGGCGGCGGUGGAAACGGUCACGGCCAUGUCUGUUCCUUCUGAGCCAAUGGAGCUGCAGCCUCUGCACCCGGAUGAUAAAGACGUCACACUUUUGAUGGAACCCCAGCAUCCGCACUCCCACCCUCACCAGCACCCUGACUUCAAGGAGGAGCUUGGCCACCAUCACACGCACCACUCACAUCACCACUCCAAUGAGCUGGACCUGGAGACUAUGCAGGCUGUUCAGUCCCUGACGCAGGGGGAAGCCCAGGACGAGGAAACUGAGCCCCAGCCACACCACGGCGCUUACCAGGACUGUGAAGAGACCCUAGCCGCCUGCCGGACCCUGCAGAGCUACAGUCACACGGGCGAGCCUGAAGAGGAGACCCUAGCCUUAGUAGAGGAAUGUGGAGCCUCCCAGCACAGCAGCCCCCUCCCUAAUCCACCAGUGCCCCCGCUGCCCAGUCAGUCUGUGCGCUCUGUGAACAGCCCGGGGCUGCAAUCGGGCAUCGUGGAUACGACACCAGCAGGGCAAAGGGGUGGAACUCCUGGCCCCACCGGAGCAGGGAGCAGUGGCGGUGGCGCUGGAGGUGGCUACACACAGAUCACUCCAGAGCAUCCCAGUUCGCUUUCUGCCCCCUCUCAGCAGAACAUGGAGACGUCGCCGAUGAUGGAUGUGCCGUCUGUGUCGGACCACUCGCAGCAGGUGGUGGACAGUGGCUUCAGUGACCUGGGCAGCAUUGAAAGCACUACAGAGAAUUAUGACAACCCCAGCAGCUACGACUCCACCAUGGGUGGAGGGGGCAAUGGAACAGGAAAUGGAGGCAAUGGAGGAGGAAUGUCUGCUGCCGUGGUCGCCGGGGCUUCAACGGCUUCAGCGUCCUCGGCGUCCUCUUCUUCCAGCUCUGCAACCCCUUCUUCCUCCUCUCAGUCAAACAGCUGCUCCUUCGUGCCAGCCCCCAGCCUCACAUCUUCCACAGGAAAUGCCGCAUCCCAGCUAGCGAUGGGCAGCUGUAGCCUCAUUCAGCAAACAGGACCAGGGCCCAACAGUGGACCAGGUGCCAGCAACGUGGGCAGUGCUGUGCCCCAGCCCCCGCCUCCCCCACCGCCAUCCAACACCCCCAGCUGUGGCAUUAAGUCUCCUCAGAGCUGUGGUGUGAUUGAGAGGCCUCCCAGCACCAACCAGCAGCAGCAGCAGCAGCAAUCAACAAAAAAGGUUCCUCAACAGCAGCAACAAGCGCCCAACCCUCAGCCUCCACCCUCGGCCCCGCCACCACCACCACAGCAGGCCUUGUCCCAGUGCAGCAUGGGCAAUGGCUUUGCCUCCACGCCCAUGAUCAUGGAGAUUCCAGAGAGCGGAGGUGGAGGAGGGGGCCGCACCCUGUAUGAGCGCAUGGGUCAGGACUUUGGUACAGGGGGCUACCCCCAGCCCUCGGCAACAUUCAGCCUGGCCAAACUCCAGCAGCUCACCAACACCAUCAUGGAGCCCCACGGCAUGCCCUACUCUCACUCCGCUGCUGUUACCUCCUAUGCCACUAGUGUUUCUCUCUCCAAUCCUGGGCUGGCCCCUUCACCCCACACUCCCCUUCCUCAGGGGCAGCCCACUAUGACCCCACCUCCUAACCUUAGCUCUGGCUCCAUGAACCUGGGCUCUCUGCAGCUGCAAUGCAACAUGCCCACGACCAACAUUGGCCUAGGACCUCCACCGCACACACAGCGGCUGCAGGGCCAGAUGACUACCGUCAAAGGCCACAUUUCCAUUCGGUCCAAAGCCACUCAGCAGCUGGCCCCGGCCCCGCACCAGCAGCAGCUCUAUAGCCGCAGCUCGGGGACCGUGGCCAUGCAGGGUACGCCGCGCACCUUGGCCGUGCAGCGCGGCAUGAUGCCAAACCUCAUGCCCACGGCACCGUAUAAUUCUAUGAACAUGACGACUCUGAACCCCAUGUCAGCCAGCUACCGAAUGGCUCAGCCUAUGAUGAACAGUGGCUAUCACAGCAACCCCGCAUACAUGAAUCAGCCAGCUCAGUACCCCAUGCAAAUGCAGGUGGGCAUGAUGGGAGGGCAGGGCUACCCACAGCAGCCUAUGCAGCCCAAUCACCAUGGGAACAUGAUGUACACUGGCCCCUCCCAUCACAGCUAUCCAAAACAGCCACAUUACAUGAGCAGAUGAGCAGCCAAGAAGUGAAAAAAGGAGACAGAAAGGGGCCAGAGCGUAUGCUCGCUGUACUCUAAAUGUCCAUUAGUCCUGUUCACCCUCUCCAGUGCCUCAGAGGCACCAGUGGAGUGAAGGUGAUGGGGACAGAGAGGGUCUUUGGGUUUCCUGUUUUUUGUUUUUGUUUUUUCUGUGUUGUCAUUUUGUCCCUUUUUUAUUUGGGCUCGUCUCCCCCUCCCCUCCCAGCUGGCUGUGUAUGGGAGUAUUUGGGCAGGAUUUGGUGUGUACGUGGACCUCGGCCGUGCCGUGGAGCUUCAGGCCAGGCCAGCACACAGGCCCAGGAGUCCACUCCUCCUCUCGACACUGAGGAGGACAGUAAGGAACGACGAAGUAUGACGAGGAAAAGUCCACAGAAAAGUCCACAAGGUACAGGAGUACCUGGCCUGGUCAGACUGUGAACGGUGGUUACUGAGUAUAUUCAACCAUGCACACAAUCUUUUAACAUAGGAAGCCUUACCUUGAAAAAAGAGACGAUGAAACAUUGCAGGCGGACUGUUGUUUUAUGUUAAAAAUACUGUUGACCUUAUUUUUGUUGUUGUUUUUGUUUGUUUGUUUGUUUUUUAAUACGUGUGUGCAGUCCGACCUCCUUACAUGCUUUGAUCUUUAUACGCGUGGCAUUCUGAAAUGGUGAUUGCACCCUCUUGCUCUCUCCGAAAUGCCCAAACAUCUCCGGCGCCGCUCGGCCCCACGGCUUUUCGUGAGUUCCAGAAGAGCACAGUGGAGCAGGGCCUCGGGUGUUUGAGGUGUUUGACUGUUUUCCAGAGUCUCUGUCUUCCUGGAUGGACAGUGUUGUACCAAAAACACAGCAAAGACACAGAAGAGACUAGCGUGUUACUGUCAUAUUAUAUAUCCAUAAAUGAAACAAGUAGCAUUAUUUUCCAGUUUGCCGCGACUCUGAAACAUUUCGAUGUAAAUAUUCUGGUACUUCCCAAUAUUCAGCACACACACACAUACAAACACACAUAUAUAUAUAUAUACAUACAUACAUACAAACACACACUGACUAGCUGUCUCCAGUUGGUGGCUAGCUCAGGAAACAUUCAACUGUUUUUGUCCACACUCCACUGACAGAUGGUAUACAAUGUCAGCCUUUUUUUUAGCAGCUUAGGGAAUGCAGAACAAACGGUGGGAUUUCCAUGUAACUACUUUAAGGAAAGUCGGUUAACUAUAGGUGACCUCGCCUCCUUAAGUGUUAGUGACCCAAAGAGGUCGAGGAGUCUGCUUCUGAAUGGUGUGUUUUUUGUAAAAUGUGUUUUUUCUUUUGGGUUUUUUUUUUUAUUUUGUUUUUGUUAUUGUUGUUGUUUCUGUGCUCCCAUUGGCUAAAAAUGUGGCAGCGGACGGUUAGCCUUUGUGAAGGUGUGCCUGAAUGCUCGAUCUAGCGCGAGGUUUGGCCCUGGGAUUGUAGCUCGGUUAUAGAAGCAGGGUCGGAGGCAAGGAUCGGAGGUCCCGUAGGGUCGUGGUUGACUUUGUUGGGCCGCGUACCGGUAUUCUUAGUCAAAAGAGGAGUAUUCAUUUGUCAUACAGACCUGGCAUACAAACUUUCUUUGUGUGUAUUCUGUUCUGUAUUUACUUUUUUUGGUUUCAUUUCUUUUCUGAAUUUUGUCAGACUGGGCAGCUUUCUUUUAUGACACAAGCUGACUCUUUUUGACUUUAGAAACCUAUUGUAGAGAAAAUGUUUUUUCUAUAAUAUAAAAGGAAAUUCUGACAUUGAUAUUGGUACUGUCAUUUUUUUCACUUCUGUUUCAGGAAACGACAAAAAAAGCAUAUUUUUUAGCUCGCCUCUUGGGUAAUAAUUACUAAGAAACUCAAAAUUUAAAAAAAUUACCACUCACUUUUAGUGACUUUAAGAUGCCUUUAACCUCUCCAUUCCAUCUCAUCUCUAGAGUUUUUCUAUCUUUGUGUAGUAUAUUAAUGCUAUUUUAAACAAAAGGACUACAAAUAUCUAAAGGUUACUCGGCAUUCUUUUUGUUUUCUUUUUUUUUGUUUUUUUUACUUCUGUGUGUGCAUAGGAUGACUUCCUUACAUUUAAGAGGCAUGUAAAAAUGAGCUCAGUAUAUUUCUGUCUGUUUAUAUUGCUUCCCUUUUUGUAUCCUUUGUAAUUGUACAUGUUGCGUUGUAUGCUAAGAGAGAGCGCAAAAUAAAGAGGGUGGGGGGACGGGACAGCUGGGCACACAGUGAAGGUUGAUUUGAGCUCAGCUGCCUCAACUCUCGACUCUGUCCCUGUAUGUAUUUCCAUUUUUUUCCAUUUUGUUUUUCUUUCUUAGCAAGUACUUUCAAAGAACUCUGUACAUUUUAACAUAAAAUGAAAAUAAAUUAUGUUGAGCCAUUCAUGUA